UGCUUAAAUUCUCUUUACGCAGGCGCACACUCAGCUGUGAAGGAGAUGUGAGGAAUGUUUGAUGGUGACGGACUGGAAGGUGUGUCGCUUUUAGCUGUUGCUGUCGCCCCAGCUUUGGUCGCCUCCCCCCACCUUUCAGUUAGAGAGAAAGAGGGAGGGAGGGAGCGAGAGAAGCAGACAGGGUUGGGGGGGCAGAGAGAGAGAGACAGAGAAAGAGAAGUUUCCUGUCCUCUUGGUGCUACACUGUCGCCGAUCGUUCACUUCACACGAUGGCAAGCCUGCGUCUGUGUGCGAAGCCGCCGCUUAGGGAUCCCCGUUACCUCCUAUGAGAAGCGACAGAAAAAAGGUGAAAACAAUUAAAAGAAACUGUCUCCAUGUCUGAAUUCGGGUCACAUAAGAAGAACGACGUCGGCCCACCGGUUGCUGCAGGCUGGAGAGCGGCGUGCAGCGGGGCCAGCUCCGGAAUGAGCGUGGAGGCGCACCGGGGAGGAGAGCCCGUGUCAAACGGAAGCUGCAGCGCGUCGGACGCCGUCAAACGAGUCCAGAACGAAUCCGGCCGCGAGUCCCCGACGUGGGAGAACCCGGGCUCGGAGUCGGCUCUCAAAUCAGCGAUCCCUCGACGCAGCAGUCUGAUCAAGGAUGGCUCACGUGCCGGUCGGGAGAAAAAGAAGACGGUGUCCUUCAGCAGCAGCCUGGCAGAGAAGAAGAUCAGCAGCGCUGCCGGGUGUAUCCACUCCAUGGUUGAAGGAAGCGAGCUGAAAAAAAUCCGCCCCAACUCUCGUGUAUAUCAGCGUUACUACCUCCUGGACACAGGCCUGCAGGCUCUGUUCUGGGAGCCGUCCAAGAAGGAAUCGGAGAAAGCUCGGAUCUUUCUCGACUCGAUACGCGAAGUCCGGACAGGUCGUAACACGGAAACCUUCCGCACCAGUGGAGUUUAUGAGCAGAUUUCGGAGGACUGUGCAUUUUCCAUCAUCUACGGAGAGAUGUACGAAAGCUUGGACCUGGUGGCCAACUCUGCUGAAGUGGCUAACAUUUGGGUGACUGGACUAAGGUAUCUCAUGCAGUACGGCAGACACGCCCUCGACAUUUUAGCCAACAGCCAGCACAGCCUUCGCCUUCGCUGGCUGGAGCAGUUGUUUUCCUCUGCCGCCGAUCAAAAUAAACAGGAGGUCAUCGAGGAGGCGAUUCCCUUGCAGUCAGCUGUUAAGUUGGUACAAAGCGUGAAUCCUGGAGUGAGCAGCGGUAAAGUGGAGCACAGGUUUAAGGAGAUCCAGAGGCUCCGGGAGAAGACGUGUGCGCCUACGUCGUGCAAUGAAUCGGGCCUUAAAGACCACGCUGAAAACGAAAAGCCAUCAACGAGAAAGGAGCAAGUGACCAAGCAGGAGUUCAUUGAGGUCUUCCAUGACUUUUGCACCCGUCCAGAGAUCUACUUUCUGUUGGUGCAGUUCUCCAGCAACAAAGAAUACCUGGACGCAAAAGACUUGAUGAGGUUCAUUGAAGCUGAGCAGGGUGUGGCACAAGCGAGUGAGGAAAUGAGUCUGCAACUCAUCCAGGCCCACGAACCAUCAGAAGAGGGCCGGCAGCAGGGACACCUGUCAUUGGACGGCUUCACCAGCUACCUCACUUCGUCAGAGUGCCACCUGUUCGAUCGGGAGCAUGACACCAUUUGUCAAGACAUGUCCCAGCCUUUGUCUCACUACUACAUCAACUCUUCCCACAACACCUACCUCAUCGAGGACCAGUUUCGAGGUCCCGCCGAUAAAUCCGGUUACAUCCGCGCCCUGAAGAUGGGCUGCCGCUGCGUGGAGGUGGAUGUUUGGGACGGCCCCGACGGGGAGCCGGUGGUGUGCACGGGUCACAGCCUUUCCCGUCCACUGGCUCUGCAUUCUGUGUUGGAAGCAAUUGCAAAGUUUGCGUUUGUGGCAUCGGAGUACCCGUUAAUUCUCUGUAUUGAAAAUCACUGUUCGCUGCAACAGCAAAAAGUUUUACUGCAGCAUCUCACAAGGAUAUUGGGGGAUAAACUGUAUAGAGAUCUACCAGCUGAAGGGGCUUUGUACCUACCGUCGCCGCAGGAGCUAAGACAUCGAAUCCUACUGAAGGGUAAAAAGCUUGGGCCAGAUUCAGAUGGGGAGGUGAGCGAGGAAGAUGAAGGAGCAGAAAUGAGCCAAAGGAUAAAAGCGAUAAAUGCUGGUGGGACCGAGAAGGACGUUGUGCAGAAAAGCGUCUCUCUCACAUCUGUCCCUCAGUCUAACAUGCCUCAUUCUUCCCCCAAACGUUUCCAGCUGUUGAGGGAACUGUCCGACUUGAUAACUCUAUGUCAUUCAGUUAGUUUUAAAGACUUUAAAACUUCCUCUAAAGCUCAAAAACCUUGGGAACUGUGCUCUUUCCAUGAGUCCCUGGCUUUGCGUCUCGCUGGCGACAGCCCUGGAGACUUCGUCAACCACAACAAGCAUUUCUUGUCUCGAGUGUACCCCAACCCCAUGCGCAUUGACUCAAGCAAUAUGAAUCCCCAGGACCUGUGGAAGUGCGGCUGUCAGAUUGUGUCAAUGAAUUUUCAGACAGCAGGACUGAUGAUGGACCUAAACACGGCCUGGUUCCGGCAGAACGGGAGCUGCGGUUACGUGCUACGUCCGGCCAUCAUGCGGCAGGAAGUGUCUUAUUUCAGUGCCGACACCAAAGACACUGUACCGGGCGUGUCGCCACAGCUGCUGCAUGUAAAGGUGAUCAGUGGCCAGAAUCUGCCCAAACCAAAAGGUUCUGGGGCCAAAGGGGACGUUGUAGACCCAUAUGUGUAUGUGGAGAUCCAUGGCAUCCCAGCUGACUGCAGCGAGCGCCGCACCAGGACAGUGAGACAGAACGGGGACAACCCCGUCUUUGAUGAGAGCUUCGAGUUCCAGAUCAACUUGCCAGAGCUUGCCAUGGUUCGUUUUGUGGUGUUGGACGACGACUUCAUUGGGGAUGAAUUCAUAGGCCAGUACACUAUACCACUGGAGUGCCUCCAACCUGGCUACCGACACGUGCCCCUCCAGUCCCUCACGGGGGAGGACCUUCCACACGCCAAGUUGUUUGUACAUGUGGCCCUCACAAACCGGAGAGGAGGUGGAAAACCUUACAAAAGAGGCCUCUCUGUACGAAAGACUCGAAAAGGGAGGGAGUACACAGCUCUGAGGGACUUAGGAGUUCGGACCGUCGACGAGGUUUUCAAGAUGGCCGCUCCUCUUCUGAGAGAAGCAGCAGACCUGAGGGGUAACAUGCAGAACUCCGUUGCAGUAUUCAGGGAGCUGUGUGGGGUGUCGGCUGUGGCCAACCUCAUGCAGUGUGUGCUGGCCCUGGGCUCCAGAGUGUCGGGCCCAGAGGAGACCCCGUUACUGCUGUUCGACCUGAGAGACAACUACCCCACACUGGAGCCCCAGGGACCCCUGCCGGAUGUCCUGCGCCGGGUCGUCUCUACGUACGAUACGAUGGUCAACGCAAGCAAAGCUGUGAUGGAGUUUGCAGAUGCAAUCUAUGAAAAAAUCCUGCAUAUACAGACAAUGGCGAUGGAGUUUCAUGAAAGGCUGCAGAGCCUGGCGAUGAAGGAAGGGCUGAAAGGCUCCAAGGUUAGUCGAGCGCUGGAGAGCUUCAGCUGGAACAUCACCAUCCUGAAGGGCCAGGCCGACCUGCUCAAACACGCCAAGGCCGAAGUGGAGGAGAACAUGAAGCAGGUGCACGACGCCGCUCUGACCGGAAACCUCAGCAAGGAGGGGGGAGGACUGAGACGCGUUCGCUCCCAAACGGGCCGGGGUCCGGAUGACGACACGAGCGCAUGAGACGCCUCGCCUCGGCGACGCGACCACACUGCUGCCACAUUUGCUGCGAUGAACUUUUCGCACGCCACCAGUUCGUUCUCCAGCUGGAGCGUCGCAGCAUUUAAGAUCCGAGACCGACAAAAGUGUUCAUGAAAGUAAAAAAAUCUUGAAUAUACAAUCGCGGUGAUGUGCUGCCAAUAGUAGAUCCUAGAACGGCAGCGGGGGAGAGAUGAAUGUAGUUAGACUUGAAGCCAAGGUUCUGCUGUUUGUACUGUUGUAAAUCUGCCAAAUGUUAACGAUCUCCCUCUCAUGUGAACUUUUUCUAGGUUUUAAGUGUGGCAGUUUUUUACAUGCCAACAGUGAAGUGGGUCAAUCAGUUUGUUGGUUAAGAAACAAACCAGGUCAGGUAACGGGACGCUUUGCCCUUUAAGUUAAAGAAAACCUACGCUGUGUGUAAAUCUUUAGAUAUUUGAAGUCUUCAGCCAUCGUUGUGCGGACCAGUGGAGCCUCGUGUCUUCAGCUUCUCUUUUUUUUUUUUUUGUCUUUUAAACCGAGUGCCGUUUGGUUUCCUCAUUGCUGCUCUAAACUCAGUUGCCAUGAGAUUGUUUUUGCACCAAACCUCACCUUCCUCCCCCCCCCUUGACUUCCCGUUUUGAAUGUUGUCUUACAAACAGUAUUCUAUAUUUUUCUAUUUCCCAGAAUCCCCCAGGUCCCAUCAGCUACUUAAACCCUUCUUACUGUACCUGCCAUACUGAUCAACUCCAUAGGUGUUGAUGUCUGCCUCCAGGGAACCGUUGCUGUCGAAAGCGCUUACUUUGCGUGCAAAACAUUGUACAGUAUUUUAAUAUUUGAUUCUAUCCUUUUUGCUGUGAAGAAUAUUUUGCAUAAGUUAUUGAUGCUGAACACACACAAAAAAAAAAACAUUCCAGUUGUGUAUUGGUGUUGUGGCAGUAGAUGAAACUCGACCGGAAACGGUCAGGAUGGAAAUAAACACUUUUUUUUUUUCUCAAAGUGA